GAGAUCAAGUAUGUCGAAGGAUUCGGGAGAAGGCGAGCCAGUACCUCGCACAAUGGUUCUCGACUUCGUCGAGGGUGUGCUCGUGGCUCCCAAGUCCUUCCGUCGCAGCGUCGUCAGAGACGCCCUGAAGUACAAGGCACGGCCCGACGACAUCUUCCUUGCGACGUACCCGAAGACCGGAUGCACUUGGACCCAGUACACCCUGUGGUUCCUCUUCAACCUCGACAAGCUGAAGUCAACGCCCACGUUCACGGAGAUCAUGACCAAGUAUACGCGCCCUUUCUGGAAAUGGCUGGUAGAAAGGCCGUCGAAGCAUUGGCACCGCCACGACUCAUCAAGCACCACCUCACGUUCACGGCGUCCCCGUACCACCCCGACGCGAAGUACGUCGUGAUCGUGCGCAACCCUUUCGACUGCGUCGUCUCCUUCUACCACCACUGCCUGGACGAGCGGUCGAACCUGAGGAUGCGCGCGGACACGACGUUCGACGAGUUCUUCGAAGACUUCAUGGACGGCUACGUACAGUUCGGCAACUACUUCGAGCACGUUCUCUCCUGGUACGCCCACAGAAACGACCCGAACGUCUUCUUCUUCUACUACGAGAACUUCAAGAGCGACCCCAAGAAGACGGUGCUGGCGCUGGCGAAGUUCGUCGACGCGUCGAUAUGGGAAAUGUUACGCACUGACACUGCCUUGUUGAGUAGCCUGUUGGAGCGUAUAUCAUUCGACAACCUCAAGUCUGGCGUCGUGAUUGAUGGAGACCAUCACGAACACGCUGUUUGCGAUGAAGAAGGCCAUGCGAGUAGGAACAAGGAGGCCGAUAACGUUUCGGCAGGCGAAGGUACUCAUGGUACAGAGGGGUCACCGGAUGACCCAGCCAGAAACUCGGGCGAUUCCGAGGAAGAAAUAGUGGCGCUUAAAAACUUCUUUCGCAGGGGUCAGGUGGGAGACUGGAAGAGCUACUUCAAGCCAGAACAGGAGAGGCGUCUUCGCGAUGUGUACGAAAAGCGCAUGCGCGGAACGGAGAUGUGGGACGUCUGGAAGGAUUACCUGGGUUACCAUGACUAAAAGGACCACUGAUAGUGUGGGUGCGAAUAAAGAUUCCUAAGUCAGCGAAACAUCAGCUACACUUCAUCUUAGAGUACAUACUGCUGUCACGUCAGUAACGAAGGUCAUGGCAGCGCCAGUUAUCACUGAGUAAAACACCAGUUUAGAUUUCCGAAGCUACCAAAUUAAAAAUGACCUUCCACAUAUUCACGUCACCAUCAAGAAACGGGCAGAGGGUCAACCAGGUUUCGUAGAUUGGCUUACUACGAUCAUGGAUGGGAUGAAGGCUCCUCCCCACCCCACCUUGGGUGCCUAUCACAAAAUAA